AUGGACACUCCGCGGGAGUCCGUUGUGCGCUACCAGUCUGCCGAAGGGUUGAACACCACACCUCUGACUCUCAAGGACGCUACACCUUCUGCGGUAUCUCCAGAGGCGGAGACCAAACUUGAGGAGGGUGCAGACGAAGCGCCCGCUCUGGCACCUGUCUAUCUCGGAACGCAGAAGUCAUUCUUUCGAAGACCCUUUGGAUGGAUUACCCUUCUAUUGGCUUUGGUCAUUGUUGUACUGGCAGUCGUGCUUCCAGUUUAUUUUAUCGUUAUUAAGCCACACAAUUCGAGCACAAAUGCGACCGGGGGUUCAGGCGGUUCAGGCACCAUUCCCAAUCCAGGAUCACCGUCAGGUGCGACGUCUGGCGGAAACGGGUCAGCAGUUGUUACAUCUGACGGAUCCACGUUUAUAUAUAUAAAUCCGUUUGGAGGAUAUUGGGUAUCUGAUCCAAAUAACCCUUUCAAUAAUAAUGCCCGUCCGAACUCAUGGACUCCUCCAUUGAACACGUCUUGGACGUGGGGACAGGACAAGGUGUACGGGGUCAAUCUCGGCGGUCUUUUCGUCUUGGAGCCGUUCAUUGUUCCAUCCUUGUUCCAGCAAUAUCCUGGAUCGGUAGACGAAUGGACUCUGAGCACUCUUAUGGCGGCAGACACUGCGAAUGGAGGUUUAAACCAAUUGGAGAAUCAUUACGACACUUUCAUUACGGAACAGGACAUUGCGGCAAUUGCAGGAGCAGGACUCAACUGGAUCAGGUUGCCCAUCCCUUUUUGGGCCAUUGAGAAAUGGGACUUUGAACCUUUCCUUGAGAAGGUUUGCUGGCCGUACAUCCUACGUGUGCUUCAGUGGGCGAGGAAGUACGGUUUGAGAGUUAAUCUUGAUCUGCACACGAUUCCUGGUUCUCAAAACGGCUAUAAUCAUUCUGGAAAGAUGGGUUCCGUCAACUUUUUGAACGGCGUGAUGGGAGUAGCCAAUGCCGAACGCGCGCUCAACUACAUCCGAAUCAUCACGGAAUUCAUUUCCCAGCCUGAAUGGCAGCCCGUAGUCCCGGUGUUUGGCAUCGUGAAUGAAGCACUUGAUUCCACCAUCGGAAUAGAUCAAAUUACGUCAUUCUACCUUCGCGCCCACGAUAUGAUUCGUAACAUCACGGGCUACGGCGAGGGGAAUGGCCCAUACAUUUCGAUUCAUGAUGGUUUUUUGGGACUCGAGGCUUGGGCGGGGUUCUUACAGGGGUCGGACCGGGUUAUGAUCGACACCCACCCAUACUUCGCUUUCGAUGGGGAGCCAAAUGAUGCGCCUAUUGCUACAGGUACUGGGCUGCAGGCUGGGGGGACUUGGCCACAGUUGGCGUGCAACACAUUUGGCCCUCCCAUCAACCAGAGCCAAGUGGCUUUUGGAGUAACUAUCGCGGGCGAGUUCAGCGUUGGAUACAACGACUGUGGUUUGUACCUGACGGGAGUGGGGAACACGGACAGCUAUGGACAAUCAUGCGCACUGUUCUUGGACGCUUCGCAAUGGAAUGACACGAUGAAGGCCGGGUUGCAGGAGUUUGCACUGGCAAGUAUGGAUGCACUGCAAAAUUGGUUCUUCUGGACCUGGAAGAUCGGCAAUUCCUCCACGACGAACACAGUUCAGUCUCCGCUUUGGUCUUACAAACUUGGUUUUGAACGAGGAUGGAUACCUCAAGAUCCGCGCACCGCUGUGGGAACCUGUGCAGCUCUGGGAGUCUCUGGCCCGAUCUUUGAUGGCACGUUCCAGUCCUGGCAAACAGGUGGUGCUGGAGCCGGCACGAUCGCACCUUCCUCCGUUUCUUCAUACAGUCAAUAUCCCCCGACAUCCAUUAAUGGCCUUACGGCUGGGGCCAUCCAGGCGUACCUCCCAACCUAUACCCCCACAGGCAGUCCCAUUCCAACGCUUCCUCCACCUACGUUCUCACCAAAGCCACCCUCAAGUGUAAGUAUUGGUAACGGGUGGUAUGACGAGAGCGACCAGGCGCUGUCUCCAACAGAAGUGGCGGGAUGCAGCUAUCCAAGUGCAUGGGACGCUGUCUCAUCGCCGAUGCCUACUGCGGUCUGUCCUUCCACAGCUACUUUGACGGGCGGAGGAGCGGGUAUCGUCGUCACGCCUGCUCCGACAGCUGGCGCAGCGCGGUGA